UCAGUCCUGCGUGUCGGAUGACUGGGUGCAGGACUUGAUUUUUAUAUAGUGCUUCUAUGCAAGUAUGGAUAAUUAUGUGUUUUGUUCCCCCGCAGACCUGCAGUCUGUCAGGAGGAAAAGCAAUUAUUUGCCUUUGCAAUAACUUCAGACGCCCAGUGCAAGAUCUGAAGGAAUUUUUUUUUAUGUUUUAUAUGCGUCUCACUCUUAGAGCUUUACGUCCAGGCCUGUUUCAGCUUGUAUCGUCUUCUUCUUCUUCUUCUGUUGCUGCUGAGGGUGCCGAACAUCCUGCUGUAGACCAGAUGAUGAACGCCUCUUAAAGGGUUAAAAUGGCAGCAGUCUCGUGUAAAGUGUUCCUGAUGAUUAGCGUGCACAUAAAUCUUGAUUUAGGAGAUUCCACGCGCGGUGUCUUACAGCAGCAGAAGCAGCAGCAGCAGCGUGUUGAUGAGCGCUUUGUGGACGAUGCCAAGAGGAGCAGAUACUGCAAAUAAAAGUUUUUCUAAUUGGCCUCUUUCACCUCCGGAAAACCCCAAAGUGAGUUUGUGAGAGGAUCUCCACCGGACCCGUCUGGCUGCCGGAAGCACAUGCGUCAGAUCGGUGCGGGGCGGCGCGUCUCCGGCGCCGAGGUGAUCCCCGCAUUUAAAAGCGCAGAAGUUCUCCGUGCGCCCGAGCAGUGCGUCACAGCGAGCCAGCGGAGCAAGGAUCCCCCAACACAUCCCUGCUCAGACGCGAACAUCGCCUGAGGACGAACUGUUUUCAAUACGUUGAUGCGCUCCUUUUUUGUUGUUGUUGUUGUUGCUUUUAAAUAAUAAUCCUUUUGGAUGCGGUAUAUGUUUUUUCUUUUUAUUUUUUUUUGUCUUUUUUUAAAAAAAAAAUAACACAGUUGUUGAUGUUUUUUAUUUUCUAACUGCGUGACGCGGCGAGAGAGGACCCUGAGCAGCAGCUGGGGAAUACACUCCGCUUUAUGGAUAAGGACUCGUCUGCAGCUGUACUCAGAGUUUGAUCUCAGUCGCUGCUCUGCUCACGGGAUAAAAAAAAAAAAAAAAAAAAAAAUGAAAUCUGCGGAAGAGGAUGCAUAUGGCUACACGCCAAAUGUCAGUCUCUCCCUCCCUCUGGGCAACCCUUGUCUUCCUUCGCAGUACCACAGCCUCCAGUCCAGCCCCACCAUAUCUGUUUCUGUCAGCGAGCCCCACAGCUACGACGCUCAGGAUGACCUGAGAGCGGCCGGCUACUACUCCUCCUCAAACGUCCGGCCGAACGGGGCUCCGACCCUGGAGAGCCCUCGCAUCGAGAUCACGGCCUACGGUCAGUUUCCUGAGGAUGAGGUGGAGGAGAGCAGCCUUCCUGUUACCAAGCGAACCAACUCCAUAGUGACGCUAACCCUCCCCAGCGGAGACGGUUACCGUGACCCCAGCUGCCUGAGCCCAGCCAGCAGCGUCUCGUCCCGCAGCGGCCUCUCCGACGCAUCCUCCUACGAGUCGAGCUUCUCCUACAACUACGACAACUCUCCCCAGAACUCCCCCUGGCAGUCUCCCUCGGUGUCCCCCAAGGGCUCCACCCUCGCCCUCCCCGGCGACGGCUGCGCAUCCGGCGCCUCCCCCCGCCACUCCCCCUCCGCUUCCCCUCGCACGAGCAUAACGGACGACACCUGGAUGGGCCAGCGCGGCUCCAGGCCCAACUCGCCUUGCGGCGCCAAGAGGAAGUACAGCUUCAACGGCGGCGGGGCGGCGCACAAGCACUUCCCGUAUUCGCCCAACCACUCGCCGGGACUGUCCCCGCACACCUCCCCUCGCCUCAGCAUCACAGAGGAGUCGUGGCUGCCAAACACCAACCAGUACACCAACUCUGCCAUCCUGGCUGCCAUCAACGCCUUGACCACAGAUGGAGUGACCGACCUCGGCGAGGGAAUCCCCAUAAAGGCCCGGAAAACCGGCAUGGAUCACAGCCCCGCGGUCAGCCUGAAGCUGGAGCCCGGAGGCGAAGAGCUGAGUCCCGGGGAGCUGAGUCAGAAUGAGCACCCUGCGAACCCCCUGCCCUUAAAGAAGGAGGGCUACUGUGGAGGAUUCCUGGACGUGCCCCAGCACCCGUACUCCUGGCCAAAGCCAAAGCCAUACGUCAGCCCAUCAUUGCCGGCUCUCGACUGGCAGCUGCCGUCCAGCUCGGGGCCGUACAGUCUGCAGAUCGAGGUGCAGCCCAAGUCCCACCACCGAGCCCAUUACGAGACGGAGGGCAGCAGGGGAGCGGUGAAGGCUCUGGCGGGAGGACACCCAGUCAUUCAGCUCCACGGCUACAUGGAGAGCGAACCCCUGAUGCUGCAGCUGUUCAUCGGCACGGCUGACGACAGGCUGCUGAGGCCACACGCCUUCUACCAGGUCCACCGCAUCACGGGGAAGACGGUGUCCACCCAGAGCCAAGAGGCCAUGCACAACAACACCAAGGUGCUGGAGAUCCCCCUGAUGCCCGAGAACAACAUGAAGGCCAUAAUCGACUGCGCGGGAAUCUUGAAGCUGCGUAACUCGGACAUCGAGCUGAGGAAGGGGGAGACGGACAUCGGGCGCAAGAACACGCGCGUGCGGAUGGUUUUCAGAGUCCACAUCAGCCAGGCCACGGGGAGAACGGUGUCUCUGCAGGUGGCAUCGAACCCCAUCGAGUGCUCCCAGAGAUCCGCCCAGGAGCUGCCGCUGGUGGAUAAGCAGAGUCUGGAGACGUGUCCCGCCUCCGGAGGGGAGAGGAUGCUCCUCGACGGGCACAACUUCCAGCACGACUCCAAGGUGGUGUUCGUGGAGAAGGCUCAAGACGGUCACCACCUCUGGGAGACUGAGGCCAAGAUCGAGAGAGACGCCUCGAAGCCCAACUCGAUCCUCGUUGAAAUCCCUCCCUACCGAAACCAGAGACUCUCCACCCCGGUCCACGUCAACUUCUACGUCUGCAACGGCAAGAGGAAACGGAGCCAGUACCAGCACUUCACCUACGUCCCUGCCAGCGUUCCAACCAUAAAGACGGAGCCGCGGGACGACUUCGACGCCCCUCUGGUGUGCUCCCAGCACAGCCCCGCUGUGUCCCUGCACCCAAAGCCAUACUACCACUCGCAGGCCAUGACCUCGAUGAUGACCUCUGACCUCAGGUCAUGUGUGGUGGGUGGGGCGUACUCUGUCACCCAGCAGAGACUCGUAGCGAAGCCCUCCUCGCUGACCUCCUCUUCCUCUCCAAGCACCAGCCCCAAACUGCACGACCUCUCCCCGCCGCCCUUCUCCAAGUGCCUCUCUGCCGGCCCAGGAGUCCAGCAGCCGGGGCCGCAGUCGCCGGUGCCCCACGUCUCCAUCAUCCAGGAGACUCCAGGGCGCUACCAGCCGGCCAACCUCUACCCGCCCAGCAGCGCCUCCUCCUCCCCGACCUCGCAGCCGUCCACCCCGACCGACGCUCCCUUCUCUCCGGGCCACUGCAUGACGCCGGGCCAGCCGGUCAGCGGCAGCACCAGCCCCGGGGGGGCGUCCCAGGGGCAGCACCCAAAGGCGCCGGAGAGGGGGCGCCCCUCACUGCAGGAGGACGGGAGCCCCACGACGCUGGCCGUCAGCAUCAAACAAGAACCACAGGAGCUGGACCAGAUGUACCUCGAUGAUGUCAACGAGAUCAUCAGGAACGACCUGUCCAGCAUCUCCGUCCACAGCCACGCAUAAUUUCCCGUCCAAAGCGGAUGCAGGAAACUACAAAAAAGAAAAAAACAAAACAAAAAGGGAAGCACCAAACAAAUCUGACACUUUGCUUCACAUGCUCGGACUACAGCAUGCAGGAAGCAGAAAGAAGGAAAUGCAAAGAGAACAAUUGUAAAUGUAUUGUCCAGACGACCAGGGUCCAACGCGUGCCUUGUUUUUCAUAUAUAACUCCUUUAUAUAGAAGUUAUCUGAAGAAUAGAUGACACCUGUAAAUUAAACAUGUAGCAACCAAACCUGCCAACCCCAACACUUACGACAAAGCUUUUAGAGGACCAAGAUUUAUUUUAUAUGUCUGUCUUUUUUCUUUUUUUUUUUUUUUUUUUUGUCGCUGCGGUUUGUAAAUGAGUGCCUAUGAAUUAUGUCAUUUGUAUAUACAGUAUGUGUAGCGCUUCGGUUUGCAUAUCUGGCUUUACGGAGACACAGUUUAAACGAGAAGUGCCUUUUUGACUGGAAACUUAAAAAGAAAAAAAAAGAAAUAAGAAAAAAAAAGGAGUUCGGCUUUACAUGUUCAACCUCAACAUUUUAAAGCUGAGGAGGCUUUACUUUACGGCGAGCUCUCUGAACAGUGCACAAAUGUGACAAAGGGUGGCGUGAGGGCAGAGUAAUAGCAGCAGCAAACUGACAGAGUUACAGAGGUGGCAGCAACAGUCCCGAAUGUACUGAACUGAUCGAGGAGUGUUCUAUUUUGUCUUUGUAAAUCCUAGAGACGUUCAGAGAGAUUAACAUGAAUAAUUAACAACCAACAAUAAGCACUUAACCACUAAACGUGUGGUCUCAGGUCUUGUGAUUGUUCAGUUUAAGGUCCAGUGUGCAGGAUUUAAGAGAAUCUAUGAGCACAGAAAUAGAGCAUAAUAUUAAUAAUUAUGUUCUUAGAAUUAGCCCUUCAAACAUACAGAGUAGUGGUGCGUGGAGGUACUGCAGGGGGGUCGCAACAUUUUUGGUUGAUUAUACAUUUUUUGUGUAUAUAUAUAUAUUAAUUUUCCCCCACAAAUUUAAAUUUCUUUAAAUACACAUCAUCAUGAAUCCAACAUAUUUUACUAAAGGGAUGACAAAUAGCUUAAUAUUGAAUGCAAAACGACAAUAAUAAUGUAUGUUUAUAAAUAGCACUAGGGCAAAUUUAAUAUAAAGCACAUAUAUUAGGUUUAUGGGUCCCUACUUAAUCUCUCCAUCAGUUUACGGGUCCUUGGCCUGAAAAACGUUGAAGACCCCUGAUGCAAAUAGUGAUUUGAAGCAAUAAUUUGUAUUUUUGUUUUUGUUUUUGUAAAAGAAAAAUGGCUACAGGUAUUUUUGACAGCCAGCAUCUUUAAUUCCUUCAAACUAAAAUCGUUUUUAAAUGUUUACAUCAGUUUAGAGAAGUCCUCUCCCACUGAGUCCACCAUGUUUUUUUUUAUAGUAGACCAGAUAUAAAAAACUAACACUGGCUCUGGAGAUGGCCUCAUUCCUCUUUUUUGUACUCCUACAUGCUUGGAAGGAGAUGGCAAGGUGAGGGGUAUUCAUGGAUUGUAUAUAAAGACUGGUUUUGAGCUCAGUGUGAGGUUUUUGGCCUUUGCCAUCUUGGCAGCGCCUGACUCACAGCUGAGUAUGAGUCAAGCGGAUGAUAUCGAGACAGAGAAAUAGACUGAAUAUCGUCUAAAUGCUGGAGUUAUAUAAACAUUCAUCCAUGUAUAUUUGUUAUUAGAGAGGAAAUUAGCCAUAAAGACCUAAGGCCGGAGACGUGUUUUUUAUUUCUGUUUUAAAGAUGGUCUUUUUAAAAUAAACAUCUAUGGGGAUUGACUCCGCCCCCUGUUGGCCAUUUGACUAACUGCAGUUUCAUUUUGUUGCAAUCUACACCACCACCACUAGAUGCCCCUAAAUCCUACACACUGGUCCUUUAAGUUUACCAAUAUAUAAAAAAAUUAAAAAAAAAAACUUCAAACUGAUUUCUUAGGAUGUUUUAACAUUUUUAAUGUCACUUAUUUUCUCAACUUAUUUUCCAAAGAGAAUUAAAACAAACUGACUUGAAAACCUAACAAGGACUUGGGAGUAAACUGUUGGCUGCACUUUUAUCAGAGAAGGAAUCAUCUCAGUUUUGACAAAGCUUGACUUUUAUUACUCCCUGGAAGCUAUGCAACGCGCAGGUAGAAUUAGUCUCUCAAAGAAUGUAAACACCUACACUGAGAAGCUCUCAACUAAUCCAAAGAAUACUCCACGACAGAGGACAGCAAUACAAAUAUAUACAUUUUUAAGUGUUUGUUUUUGUAUUUUCAUAUUUAUUCUCUAAGCAUGUGCUCUGUUUAUUCAUGUUUAUCUUCUAUUACACGGUUACCUGCGUACUGUGGUUUAUGUGCUAAGUGGUUUGCGCUCUUGGAAAAAAACAAAUCGAAUGGGCUCACACGCUUGUUCCCGGUUUUUAUUGGUAUUUAUGAGUCUUAAUCUGUGUAACUGAAGAGCAUGAGAUAAGCCAUACGGAAAUGUUUACCCGGGAGGAUGUUGUCAAUCAGCGACUCAUAACUCAGCUUUGUGAUAUUUCAUUUGUCAAUAAAUAUGCAUUCAUCUCGUU